GGGUUAAGAUGAGCCGUAUCCCUACUACCCCACCCCACUCUCCACCCCAGCCCUCCCUCACUUUCUCCCUUCCUAAAUAACAGUCACUUCUUCACAUUCAUAUAUAUUUUAUCUAUUAUGUGCUAUUCAACUGGUACAAUAGUUCUUUCAUAUAACUGCAAAAAAGCUGUUUUGUAAAAAGUCAUUUUAACAUGAGAAUGCCUUUAAGUGAUUCAGAACAUUCACAGCUGUAUUUUUGAAAAGAUAAAGUCAAACAUUUCAACAAUCUGAACUGAAACUCUGAUCCUCUCAUCAGACUCCUAUCAAACUACUAUUAUGACUUUAUUAGUCUUCUAAGCUAAAAUGGUGGACUUUUAUGCUAGGUUUUUGACCUCAUGUUGUAGCUCAUAGAUACCACAAUGGGUGUAUAAAACAAAUUUAAAAUGAUCUUUUUUGGUCUGAACACAAUUCUAAUAAAAAAUAUAACAGACUAAAUUCACUUUAAGAGUGAAAAAUGUUUUUGUAAAUAAAUGUCUAAACCCGUCUUCACCCAUGUGCUUCUAACUUUCACAGACUCCAUGAACUGAUGCCCAUCUCCUAAAUAUUUGGUCACAUUAUCAAUCUCUUUUACCAUUUCCAAGCAACAGGGGGUGGCUCAAUUUACCCCACUCUCCCCUACCAAUAACCUGAAUCUGAACUACUGACAGAGGAAGAGGAGGGCUGAAUGAGUGAGACUGUACCUUUAAGACAAACUGUGAGGCACAUUGGAGGAAGUGAAAACACUGACUUUCGUUUCCUUCGCGAAACAUUUAUUUAUACCUGCCCACUGUAACUCGGAAAGGAGAAGUAAAUGUAGGGGACCGAGGUGGGCUGAAUGAUCCUAUCUCACAGGUGGACCGACAGUCCAGGCUGGUGUCCGCGAGGAGCAUGGUGAGUGAUAUUUACUCUGUCAAUAGUUCAUGGAAACUUUUUAAAAGCGUAUCUGUGAGAAUGUCACUGAUAUUUGGUAACGGGAAACUAGAGAGGUGAACACAUAUGACUGAGUGGCAGCCCUGAAGGUUCUCUAAAACAACAUUCAGAAAGUAAGAAUCUGCAGUACUCUUCAUGACAAUGUCAAAUUGUUAGGCUUUAAUUUGACCAAAUGAACGAAGCGGCGUAGUUGGGGAUGAAGAGUUACCUAAUAGAAGUAUCGUCGAAGCCCGCAGGAAAAAUCGUGUAAUUGUUCAUUUGCUUGACAUACACGAUAGAGAAAAGAAGCUUCAGCAAACAGAGGCCUAUAAAACAGAAGAGUGCUGUUUUGUUUAGUUUCAAAUCCUCUUUUCAUACUCUUGUAUGGUGUAGUUACCGGAUUAUCCCUCUGUGAGGUGUUAUAUAAACAGGGUGUUUCAUGUAACAAUGUAUUCAAUUUCAUUUCAUUUUAUUCUUAAAAUGUAAAAUGGUGAUGGAUGGGCCAGCUGGGACUCAGACUUGUGUAGAAGUGGUAUAUUUCCUUCGUGCACACACAUGAAUGAAAAGCAUUCAUCUACAUACAUUCAUUUAUUCAUGGAUCAUAUCAUCUUUAAGCAGAUGUUUUGCUCCACUUCAUAAUUUUUCAACUUUAAAAACUUAUGAAACAUAGAGGCAACAUUCACUGACCUAACAUAACAAAAUGAAUGCCUGGGUGAUCCAGGUACAGGUGAUUUAUUAUUACUAUCUAUAACUGUUUCAGUUGUGGGUGAUGUUGUACUGGAGUGCUUUAAUCCGACAGAUGUUCCUCAUGAUUUGCUUCCCUUAGGUCAGUGGUUCUCAAGUCCAGUCCUUGAGGCCCAUAACGAGCUGAUCAUUUGAAUCAGGUGUGUUAGAGCAGGGAAACAUCCAAAACAUGCAGGACAGUGGGCCUCGAGGACUGGAUUUGAGAACCACUGAUUUAGGUUUAAUAAAGUGGACAAAAUAUAACCAACAGCUCUCAGUAUAACAGGCUGCAGUACACCACUACCAGCCGUUACAUCUUAAAUAAUAUGUAUAUAGAGUCAAAUCUGAUUUUAUUAAUUAAACCUUAAUAAUGAAGAAGCCCCCCAUAAGUCGAAUUUUCAGUAGUGGUGGUAUUUGAUUUCAUUCAAUUGCGCAGAUAAUAUUAUGGAUGAUCUUUUAUGCUAAAUCUACAGAAGAUGCAUGUCCAAACACUUUUUAAGCUCCUGUGAGGAGUUUUAUGAUUAAAAGUGACUUCUUUUUGUGGCUAACAGAAGCAAGACCAGCAGCAACAUGACUGACUGUGUCUGUAUUAUAACUCUGAGCGUCUGUGAACACUUCAAAACAAAAGGUGUAAGGUUUGACGAUUAACUGCAUUCAGAAGAAACAGCUUCCUUUCUGCCAUUGUCACCGCAUAUGGUUAAAAUGACUGACUAAUUUACCUGUUAAAAGCAGAAUGAGGCUUUCACUUCCUCUGUGUGUACUGGACAAAAAGAAGAGUUUUUUUUUAAUUUUAUUUUUAUGUUAACAGGACUCAUCAAGCUGGUGGCCUUUUCCCCAGAUGUCACUCACUCCCCCCUGCCUCUCUUAGUGUCCUGCCCUAUCAACAGUCCUAUCAUCUCUUAACAAAGGCACAAAAGCCUGAAAAUAGAACUACAAAAAGAAAAGUUGCUACAACAUAAAACGACUAGCCCAAUAGUUGAUCUUUUUCACAGUUAUACCUCUGACAAGGUCAAAAGUGAAUCAUAGUUUUGCAAAAAUUUAAAUAUCUUCUUCUUGUCUUUUGAAAUAGGCUAAAAGUUUAUUAAACAAACUAGCAAUCCUGGUUAUUUGGUAAAUCCUGGUAAUUUUGCUAAAGCUAGAAACCCUCACAGUCAAACAUGAUGAUGUUAUCCUUCAGAUGCUCUUGUGUUUACUACUCCCACUACAUUUACUCAAUCUACCACCACUCUUUUUUGUUGUAAACCCUCUACAAAUUCAGCUUUCAGACCUUUAAAACAGGAUGAACUGAUAAAAAGCAAGAGUUUCAGUAAUUAACUGCUUUGGGUGGUUGCUAAAGGGUUAAUAAACCAACUUCUAAUCCAGUUUUCUGUUUUCCGAACACUAGAUGGAGGCAGCUGACGGUGAAGUCUUGAUCACAGAUGGAGAUCAACUCAUUGCACCCCCUAACAGAGAACUGACUGAACUGCUGAAUGGAGGGCAGGCGGCUGACAUGCAGGGCCAGGUGAGCUGCCUGCUGUUCUGUGGAAAACCUUACAACUCAAGACACGGUGACAAAAAAAGUUAGUUUUUGACCUGUUUUCUUUUUUUUUCUCGUUUCUGUCAGGUAGAAGAGUUUCUGGCUGCCCCCCAGGCAGAGUACAAUGAAGAGGAAGAGGAGAGGAAAUACUACAGGAGGAAGAGGCUGGGAGUGAUUAAAAAUGUUCUCGCAGCCAGUUUUGGAGCCAUGAUUGUAUACAGUGUUUACAUGGGUAAGUCUGAAUGGAAGAAGAAUAAAGAGUACUGGCACAGUUCACAUGACUAAAUUUUGAAUUGUUUUCGAUCUUACAGGCCUCCUGCAGAUGCAGCUGAUCCUCCAUUACGAUAUGACUUACCGUGAAGUGAAGUACAGCAACCUUGGUUUGGAGGACAUCGACCGUAAGAUGCUAAUGGGCAUCAACGUCGCACCCAUCGUAGGCCUGCUGUACACCCCCAUACUUAUACGGUGAAGACACACACAGAAACCCACUUCAAAAUGUCUUUCUUUAUGUGAUCGUCCUUGCUCAGCCAAUAUGAACUCCAGGUUUUUCUUUGUGCCAGGUUCCUAGGUACAAAGUGGAUGAUGUUUCUAGCGUCAGGAAUCUACGCACUCUUCGUCUCGACCAAUUACUGGGAGCGAUAUUACACCUUGGUUCCGUCAGCUGUAGCUAUAGGUGUGGCCAUUGUGCCCCUCUGGGCCUCACUUGGGAAUUAUAUCACAAGGUGAGACACAGAAUGUAAUGCAGUAGGUGGAUGAGGAUGUUUGUUGAAGGCUAGACCCUGACCUUUAUGACAGCAAACUGAGGGUGAAAGAGUGCAGUGAGCUGACAUCGCACAGAAAAGCCAUCUCACAUCUUUGCUGUAGCACCACAGCAUUAAAAGAAGGGUCAAACUUAUUUGAUGCACUUUAGACAACUACAAUUAAGAAUAUGCAAGAAAACUUCGAUGUACUGAAUUUUACAAAUAAUUAUCAUUUAAAAUACUAUCACAGCAUUUAAGUUCCACCUAACCCUAACCCUAGGUUGUCAAUAAAAGUGGCAUCAAAAUGAUAGGGGUCACAUUGCCCAAUAACCUGCAAUUUUAUGAGUUUUGCUAGUUUGUAUGUAACUCAAAAAGGUAAAAAGAGGAGAAGUGAUAAAUACAGAGUUGGAAUAUGUUUGCAGUAUUUAUGAGAAAUACCAAAAAGAGGACAGUAGGUUUAGGGUUUGGAAAGGUAAUGGUUGUGAUUGGGACUGGGUUUAGGGGAUGGGAGUUGAAAGGAAGUAGGAGAGAGAGGACUAAAGAAGUGAUGAAAAAAAAGAGUUAGAACCACUGUUCAAUGUUAGAACCAUUAGUCAAACCAACACUUCUUUUCACCUCUGUUCUUUUUCUCCCUUAUCCUCCUCUUCCUUUUUAGUUUUCAUGUUUUCUCCAUCCAUACUGCAUCUUUUUCUUCUUAUUUUACAUCUUUUUUUUACUUCUUGUCUUGCCCUUCAAGGCCAUCCAUCCAUCCAUCCAUCCAUCCAUCCAUCCAUCCAUCCAUUUUCUAUACCGCUUAUCCCUUUCAGGGUCGCUGAGCCCUUCAAGGCUCCUGAGAAACUCUCUGUUUGUGUCAAAUUUAGUGCCCCCUUGUGGACAAAUUUUAUCUUUUGCACGCUUAAGCAGAGGCUAUUACCCAAAGAUCUUUUUCUGUUUACAUUAUAAAUUCUUCAUUUAUUGAAUAAUAAAUGAUGCAUUUAUAAUAAACGAUGCGUUUAUAAUAAAUGAUAUAUUGAUAAAUAAAUGAUAUAAAUGAUUUAUUUAGAAUAUCUCAUGCAUAAAAUGUAAGAGAAAGGAUUGUGUCUUCUGCUUCUUGGCUGACACCUCCCCCCUUGCACCAGUUUCAGGCAUUCAAAUUUACAAAGUCAGUUCCUCAGUCUUGUCCCAGAUGGUCUCAUUGGAUUUCUGAUAUCAGGAAAAGGGGACAGGAUGAAUUUUAGUCUAUUUCAUAGGAACUUUGACUCGCUCUAUUAUGUUCUUCACCUCCUGCUAACUCAGUAUCCUUUAUUAAACCAUUUACCCUUUCUCCCCUCUUAACCCCUUUCACCCUAUAGCGGCCGAUCCAUUCAAAAUUAAAGCAGCUGCAGGCUAAACAAGGGAGUCAAAAUAAUGACGCACCCUCCAUACACCAUAUUGCACCAAAAACUCUGUUUAUUUAACGUGAAGCUGUAUGUGCAUAUAGCUGUUAUUGUUAAAUAACGUUACUACACAAAAGACUAUAUAACAUGUCCAUUUUUACACCCAAAACGUGCUGUCAACAGAAAAUAUCCUCCCUGUGCUAACCCCACAAAGCCCCACCCAAGGUGUACAGGUGAAUAAAUAACACCCACCAAUCAGUGCCCAAACCAAAACCCACCUACACAAAAGGCAUCUCCAAAACGUACACAUUUGGCUCCUACACACCCUUAUUUUCAACUUUCUUUCUUUCUUUCUUUCUUUCUUUUAGAACUGUCACAGCAUACAUGCAGCUGGUUACUUGUAUCAACGGGGUUCUUCUCCAGAUGAUCACAUCCUCUCUACCUCCUCUCCUCACUCCUCUCCAGCUCUGUCAUCUCUUGGGCCAGCAGGUGCAGGAUGUCCACAUGACCCUGGUUCUGGUUGCAUCUUUUCUGCCUGUUUCCAACAGGAGGUCAACUUUUUCUUUGACCUUUUGUUCGAGUUGCCUCGCCCUCGCCUCUUUGUGCUUUAGCAGACCACUUUACUCCUUAAAAGAGUUUGGCUUCCCUCUCUGAGAGACUUUGUCCACUGAGUAAAGGUCAUUUCUGAGGACCAACAUUACCAGGUUGUGUCUGGGGCUGCUGAAGCUGAACUGCAAGAGUCUGGAUUGUAAAAGGGACCAAACUGCAUAUGCAAAAAAAAGGCUGAAAGACAGAAUUACGGAAUAAAAUAUAUAGGACGGUUGGACGUAAAGUAAAUGAAGAAAUACAGAUACCUUAUCUACACAGCCUGAGGCAACUUUUUUUUGCUGGUUUUGGACCAAAGUAAUUUCCAGUUUCACUUUCAGAGCUCAUACUGCCAAAGUAGCAAAUGCACCUCCACUCAUUUGUGCAGCCAAGAUUGUAUUGGUCAUAAAAGUAUAUGGUCACCCUAGUGUAGCUAAAUUGCUGUUUCCAGGUUUCUAGCGGCUAUUUUAAGGUACCAGCAAAAUACCUCUCUCACUUUUCAUGCUUCCGAGGAUACAUUACUGCAAAUGAGGUAUCAAAAUAUCUUAUAUGAUAGCCUGUGUGUGCCGUGUGCUCUGCCUGUAUAUCAUGGAUGUCAGAUCAGGCAGCCUGAGCCCUGUCUAUUUACGUGUAUAUAGAGAAAAUAGCUAAAAUCUAUCAUAUGCCAGGUGCUGGAGAACCUCGCUAUAACAGAAAAGUGAAGGUUAUUGGCUCGUUUCUUUGAUUCAUGUUUUGUAACUGGAAAAUGUGAUGAAACCUCAUUGAGCCCCUCACCUUCCUUUUGCAUCUGAAUUAUCAGUUGUUGUUCCAUAAAAAAGGGCGAUUGUUUAAAAAUCUGCCCAUAGAGUGAGGUCCAUCUACAUUGAAAGUCAUGUGAGAGUGGAAGUGUUGAUGUGUAGUGUCAUGGUUGGGAGACCUAAAAAGUGCUAAAUAAGUGCAGAUUAUUUAUCAUUAUACAACUUCUCACCUCACACAUGUUUAACACAAACAGGAUGGCUCAGCAGUACUACGAGUAUGUCAACUACAAGGACGAGCACGUGCAGGAGCAGAAGAAGCUUCCUAAGGGGGUUUGUCACAGCUACAUCAUUGUCUUCCAGUCGAUCUUCCACAUCAUCUUCCAUGUGAGUUUUUAGCUGUCUGUUCCCCAUGAAAGCCUGAAGUCAUUUCACGUUGUGUGCAGUGUUUGGUAUCACUUUGUUCUGUCAGCUGUAGAAACAAACGAGUAACUGUAAGUCCCUGUUUUUUCUCUCUCUCACACUCACUAGCUGAGUUUCGUCUUUGCGGAGUUCCCCAUGGUUUUUGUCCUCAAUGAACAUCUUCUUGAAAACGACCACAUUCUUGCCAAUGUGGAUUUCUGCGGUAAAGUCAAGUCAAUUUAUCUCCUCUCGCCACUUACAGGCAUACUGUAUUUAUUUAAGACCCCAUCUAUUCCAUCUAAAUUAUAUGACUCAUGUACAUAUCUUUUUCUUAACUAACUCGAAGUUUCUUUAUCCUUUUAAUGUCUCUUGUUGUGUCUGUACUUUGCUGCUGUAAAUUUGGAUUUUUUAUUAUUUUUGACUUUUUAAUGCCUCAUGUCUGAUGAAUGUGUCAGCAGGAAAUUUGUUGCUGCCGCUGCAACAACUUCAAUAGAUGAGCCUGCUAGAUUGCUCUUAAGUCCCUGUCUCUGAGUGGGUGUCAAGCAUUUAAAAAGAUUUAAAGGCUUCAUUAAAUUUAAUUCAAAACAUUAAAUUUUGUUACAAAUUUGUUGCGUUCAAUCAGCAUUUUAGGAACCCAACAAGUUAUUUCAAAAGCAAAAAGAUUAUAUAGGUUUGCAUUCAGUUGAAGUAUGUCUUUGGCUUCUUUUCUUCAGUGGGCAGCAAGGUGCAAUCCUGUGAAACUAACAAGUGCAACACUCCUGCUUAAGCCAAAAUGCUCCUCCUAGAAGCACUUCCUUUUUAUUGUAAACAAGAAGAGAAGUGAAAGUGACCACAGACUGCCUCUUCACAACACAAAACCAUGAUCACACAUGCAUGGUUUUCAUUUGAAUUACUGUUCUACGAGUGGUCUUUCACUUUUUCUUGUCUUUGUAUACUUACCCUCCAUCACAGUGGUUCAAUCAAACAGAACUAACCUGCUCGUUUCCUACUGUCAAACUCUUCCUCAUGGUUGAACCCUCCUCUUCAUCUCCUUCUGACAGGAGCAAAUAUCAGCGGGGUAAUCCCCGGGUUCAACACCACAGUGCUGAGAAGCCUGCCUUCCUCCAUGCUGCUCAUCAAGGUGGAGAGUGUGCUCAUGGGCUUCGCCUUCCUUGCAAUGAUCAUAGUAAGACUAACACACACACGCUCAUACAGGAUUAAGUAAAUCUCGUGAUUUUAGAUAUUAUUUCAUUUUUGUUCCUUGUGUUGUUAUAUUCAAAGUUUAUACUAUUUUAGUCGGAGUUCUUUGUAAUCUUGUUUUAGCCGAUGUUUUUAACUUAACUUACACAGUUUUGCACUUGAUUUUCAAGAAAGAAAUCCCCCUUUGUUUUCAUUAAGAAGAAAUAACUGACAAUGUCUAGUCAUUCUGGCUAAAAAUGCAUUUCAAGCUUAUCCUACCAUCCUGUUAUGGAAAAUCAAAAUGUCUAAAAGUCAUUAUAAAAAGUCCAAAAAAUCAUAUUCCCCUAGCUGCACAAAUAAUCUGAAAAAAGGCCAGAUUGGAAUAAAAAUGCGUCAGUAAACAUGUUGAUCAGAAGAUUCUGAUCCAAUUCGGCUCAAUUAAGAAAUUGUAUUUCAAUCAAAAGGAGUGGUCUAUGACAAUCGUCAUUCCGAAAUGCGUCCAUGUAAACACUUAUUCCUAUCGUGACGCUCUUACCUGAUUCAGUCUUCACUCCUUAGCCUUUGGUUUAUUUAUUGAGGCCAGUUCAGGAUGUUUUAUUAUUAACACUCUGGAAUAAAACACAACCGCAGGUGCCGUGUCUGCUCCUCCGAUAAUGAUGUCACAUCUGCACACACAGUGCAACCUUUGACAGAAAAGUGAAAUAAGUGAGCAAGGGCGCCAUCCAGUGACAACAUUUAACAGGGUGAAAACUCCUGAAUCGGAUAGAGUGAGCCACUACCGCAUUUGUUGGUUUAUUGACAGUACAGGCCUAAAUACAACUCCUCUUCUUCGGUUGUUUCAGUGAAAUCACACAACUCUGCACAUGACCAUAUGCUUUUAAUCGGAAUAAAGCUUUGUGCUUGUAUACACAAGUCAUGAUCAGGUUAUUUGAUAUUGCUCCCAUAUGAACAGUGGAUUCAUAUUAUCCAAUCCCUCAAAUUUUUAAUCGGAUCAAAAAAUGUUGCCCAUGUAAACGGGGCUAACGACUGAUCAUCCUGGCUAAAAAUGCAUUUCAAUCUUAUCACUACAUGGAGCUACAUUUAACCAGCCAAUAUAAAUUAAUUGACCUGAGGUUUACAAAUGAAAAUGAAGAAAUCAAGCAUCCUGUUUUAGAGGGAAAGGGGCUGUAACCUUAAGGUGGCUUUGACAUGCCAUUCGCUCACAGGUGAUCUGCCAAAUGGUGCUGCCAUGUCAAAAAAAAUGUCAAGGGGUGCUUUGUUUUCAGGUGUCCUGUAAAACUGUAGGGUUUAGAUUAAUAAGGCUCCAUUUUCUUACCCAGAACUCUCAUUUUUACAACAUGUCACAUGGUCAUCCCUUUUUUUCCUCAUGUAGGCUGUAUGUUAUAAGGAGAUGCUAGCUGUCAGCAUGUGAUGUUGAAAUGUAUAGACCUGGGAAAAAAAAAACAUGAAUAAACGUGGUACAAGCCAUUUUGUUUUUGUGGAGGUGCAAAAAAGAAGCAGAGAGAAGGAAACACACUCUUUUUUUUACCAGACCUUUGAACAACCUAGCGGAAAUAAAGGGCGGCUUGACAAAGAAACUCUCUUAUCUGGUGCUGCCAGGUUGGCCUAGUUUGGCUGUUGGUUUGCAGGUGGUAAUUGUAUCCCACAAUGGACUAGACGGCUUCUUCUGAGCAAAGCACUCACAAACAAAAGAGUGGUUCAGAACUCUUCAAAUAAAUUGGCUGCUGUUUUCUUCUGUACUCACAGUUCCUGGCUCUGUGCAGUGCUGCAUACCGACCGACAGAAGAGAUCGAUCUUCGCAGUAUUGGCUGGGGAAACAUCUUCCAGCUGCCUUUCAAACACCUGAGAGACUACCGGCUCCGAUUUCUCUGCCCUUUCUUUGUUUACAGCGGGUUCGAAAUGCUGUUCGCUGUAACCGGAUUCUCUUUGGUAAUGAGCUGUCAGUAGAGUUUGCUAAAUAAUAAAGUGCCUUUUACUUCAUUCUGGUGGUGCUUUGGUGCUUUGAAAUGCAAAUUUAAAAAAGGGUUGAAGAAAGCGGGAAGACUGAAAUAAACAAACAAAAAAGAAAAACAUUAAUUUUUCAUCUAAUUUCUCUGCUCUCCUUACAGUCCUAUGGAGUUUGUGUUCUGGGUCUGAAAAAACUGUGGCUCCUCAUCGUCGUCUACGGUCUCUCCUGCUCCAUAUUUUCCUCCCUCUCCCUGUUCCUCCUUCGCCUGCCGCGCUGGAUGUGUCUGGCGGGGGGCGCUGCUGUGCACGGAGUGUUGCUGGUGGCUCUCAUGGCAUUCUCUCUGAAAAAGGACCAGCCAGAGUACCAGGGCCCUCUGCUGGUGAUCUCUGUGCUGUGGGGACUCGGCACGGCUCUGAACAAGACGGGCGUCAGCAGUGAGUGACAUCUAUGAUCAUGAAUCUGUAGUUUUGUCCACUCUUUGUUCACACAUGGCAUGUUGUAGCAUGAACCCCUCUGUGUUUGUGUCAGCUCUGGUCGGUAUGCUGUAUGCUGAAGAAAAAGAGCGUCUGGAUGUCGUCUACACCAUCUAUCACUGGUGGCAGGCCUUGGCCAUCUUCAUAGUCUACCUCUGGUCCCACCUGCCAAUGAGGGUAAGACUGUGUGUGUGUGCUGAAGCAUCAUAAAAUAUGUCUUUAUGUCUGUAUGUACCUGAAAUAAAACUUAAAUAUACCUGUGCCUUUCUCCUUCAGGCAAAGCUCUCCAUCCUGUUGGCUACUCUGCUGCUUGCCUCUUACUGUUAUUGGGUGCUGGAGCGUCGGCUGGCUAAAAAAGUGCCUUACAGACUGCCUCGCAUCCCUCGCCCUCGGCACAAGGUAAGAGUUCAACCAAAUAUGCAAGAGAUGAUACUCAGAGUGAAAAAUUACUGUAGAUGCACGCAGAUAUGGCUGUUUGUGAGGCGCGACGAUACUGUAUGUUGGUGUUACCGAUGGCUGUGUUGUACACAGAUCAGUGCAGGAGAAACAGCUGAUCAGUAGGAAAAACAAUUCAAUUACUUGGCUUUUGUGUGGCUGAAUUAGGUCUGGUGAUCCAAACCACAGACUGUAUAUAGAAUAGACACCGUCUGCCUACUCGCUAGGUGACGCCACCCUGAGAACAGCACCCUCUGGUGACGGGCUGCAGUAUAGGUCAUAGAAAUUAGUAACACAGAAUAUACAUUUUUCUCCCCCCUGUUUGUGAUAUUGACAUGUAGUUACUGUAAGACUGGUUUGUGCUCAAGUCCUCUUUUUUCUGUACAGCUCAGUUUUUAAAAGUUAGUAAGGGGUUCAUGUUUUCUUUGAUUGACACCUGAUACAGCCUAUGGGCGUACGAAGAUUGCAUAGCUCUCCCGGAGGAUACACUAUUUGAGCCAAGCGUCAUCACAGCGACUUUUGGCCUUUCUCCUGCCGAAUGCAGUUUUCCAUAGUAUAAACAGUCUAUGAACCAAACCAGCAGCCAUUACUGAUAAUCGACCACCCAAUGUAAACACUACAAACAGAGAAGUUAAGCAGAUCCAGAACUAACCGUAACUGUAGGUAGGAAAAGUGAAAACCUUAGUGGACCAGGGUUAAGAUCCCUCUUAAAAAUUCACUGUCCUUUAGAUACUUCUUCUUAUAUUAAUCCAGAAUAUAACUGAAGGGAUAAAAUACUGCUGUUACCUGAAAUACUGUUCGAAGUAGUCUGUGUUUAGUAAGGCAGUGGAGAAACGAAGGAUGGACUAUCACAGAAAUAACCCUCCCUCCUGUAAUAGGCUUUUGCUAUUGUGCUUUGAAACUGUAGCUUGAUAACUUUCAUGGUAACAGAUAUCCCAUAUGGCUAACAACUGAGCUCUGACUGGUUCAUGCUGCGUUACACAGCAAAGUGACCUGAGGCCAACCCAGAAUGACAAGUAGCCAUUGGAAAAACUGCAACGUGUUAAAGUCAGUUUGGUGUGUAGUGUAUCUGGUGAGACAUGUAAAGUUGUUUUAGUGUUUUGACUGAAAAGAAACUCUCUGCCAGUGGCCAGUUGGACUCCAGUUGGACCAUAUGUGUGUCAAGUUGUAGGGUGUAGACAAAAAGAAACACCCGAAUAAUCAUUACAUGCAACAUUUUUAUUUUUUAUUUUUAUCAUAAUUUUUAAUAUAUACAGUAAAGUAUAUAUAGAAAAGGAACAAAAAAGACAUAAAAAAACAAAAGAUGUCCAAAGAGGAACAAGACAGAACAAUGCAGCUUAUCAUGAGCAUUGAAAAGAGUAACAGACUUUGUACAUGAAAGAGAAACAGAGCCAGUUUAUGCAGCAGAAUGGCUUACAUUGAACCAACUUGAGUCCUCUCCUUACAGAAAUUUCAGCAGGAGACCCAAAUCUUUUCCUCCUCCUGUUGUCAAACCUCAGUUACUCCAAGUAUAAAGCAUUGGCCAUUUCUCUCAGCCGUGGAUCCAUUGUCUGUACUCUACUUCACUUUUCCAUUACUUUUUAUUGUGAUUGGUUUAUAAAGCUCUAUCAUCCUUUUUGCAAACAAAAGAGGUGUUUAUACGAAGCACUUUUACCUUACUGUUCGAGCUUUUGAACCGUGUGUUAUCAGAGUAUCAUUGUCCAUGUAAAUGCAGCUCAGGGAGGGUGAAUUGGCAAAAACACAGAAUCUGACUGCUUGAUAUCGCUAAAUAUUCCUGUUUCUUCUCUCUACCACAACUGAUUCUUAGUCCAUGGAGAGGUUCGAUAAAGUUUGUGUUGUUAUCUUCCUUCUCCCUUCAGGAUGAGGGUGAUGGAGGAGAAAGAGAAGGAUAGCUGCAAACUCAGUGAAAGUUAGAUAAGAAAAUUAGACUGCAGCAAUGUGGAAACUCCAGAUCAUGAACAUUCUAUUGAUAUGAAACUCAAAAGGUGCUGAAAUGUGAAGAAUACUUCUUAGAAAAUGUGAAAACUGUUAUUUUAAUUCCUGAGUACAGGUCAUCAACCAUGUGUUUAAAUCCUUUCAAGUGUGUGUCAAACCCAUGAAAGAGGAGAGGAGGAGGUGUCCAGGUCUGAUAUUCUUACAGAGCAUCUGUUUACACCAAUGUCAUAUUUGUUUCUUAGGCGCCUGGACAGAAACAAAGAGAGACGCUGCUUUUGAUUCAUUUUUUAUGCGUUUGGUGUCAUGACGAACCUUUGGUUUUGUCUUAUAAAGAAGCGCAAAUUAGAAUCGUUGUUACUAUGGUUACCAGAUUUUUUUCCAUCAUAAUAAUCUUUUUCAGAGAUUCGAACAGGUUCUGACCCCUCUGUGAUUGCUAAUCAGAACAGGGCAGAGAUCAAAGUGUGAGUCAUACAACUAAAUUGUUAUCUGUGAACUAGUUUGAAAGAAAGUUUAGUCAUAGAAAAUGUUUUUUUCAUCUUCUGAGAUUUCUCGCGGUGGGUUCUGGUUUUGCAUUUCUUUACAUGAUUUUCUGUGUGUGACCUUGGUGAAUCCAUCAUCCAUGACUGCUGUGUAGUUGUUUCAUUGCACCUUGGCUCUGUUAAAAAUAGACUUAGCAAACCUUAAAAAAGACACGUGUUUGGGCCAGGUGCACUGAUGGCUGUGUAGCAGGUAGAAGAAUGGACCUAUUUUUACCAGCUGCUGAAAUUGCAGUUUGUCUCAAGGGAUGUAAGAUAUCACUUUUCCUAUCAACAUUACAUUUGAUUCAUUUUUAUUUUUAGCUUUAGGCCCCGGGUUUGGUGGACUCUGCUCACUUUCCAGGGGUGAUAGACAAACAGGGUAACUACGCAGAAAGUGAGCAACCUGGGAAAUGAGAUGUGUUGCAUGUUUUAUUCAUAUAUCAGAUGUAACAAAUACCAUCUUUGAAGUGUAGUGUGACUCAUAAAUGUACAAGAAUACAGUACUUUAUGUGUAGGGAACCUUGUGAUUUUAUAUCAGAGGAGGAGUUACUGCACCUCAGGGUGUCAACCCUCAAGAGGACAGGAGCACUGACGGGGGCUGUGAAGGAGAACGUCGACACAGCUGUAAAUUUGCCUCCAUUUGUGGUGUAUUGUAGCUGUCUGCUUCCCUGCACAAGGUAUUUUCAGUUACCUGGAAACUUUUUAACAGCUGCACCAAAGAGGUUUUUUUUCCCCUCAAAUACCACCUUUUUCAGUUACCUGUGCAGAGUUGUGAAAAACCUUUCUUGAACUCAAUAAAAACCCAACUAAAGAGCAACAUCAUUUCUCAAAAGACAACAAAGAACCAAAUUAGAGUCCAAUGCAAUUUUAGGCUUUUUUUUUCAAGGCAAGACAAAAGAAAAUGUCCCUUUUAGAAGUUCAAAAAGUCCAGACUGGGCUUUGUCCCCACAGUUAAAAAAUAUGUACUCUUUUCUCAGUUCAGUAACGAUCACAAUCAAAAAUGAUCAUAGCAGCUCAAAAAGCUUUAAAGAAGGACAUAAAUAAAGAACAAGAAAGUCUCACACAAAAGGAGCCAGUACAUGAUUUACAGUCAGUCCACCAGUUGCUGGUCAGCAGCCACAAUCCUGUAAUUGAUUUCCUUGAAACUCCCGUUGGAGAACGUACAAGUGAGAGCAACACAAACAUGGACUAAUGAUAUGGACAGAACAACAAACACUGCCCAAACAAGCUCCAGUGAUAGAGCAGAUCCCUAUUUGCUACAAACUCCUCCACCACCGACGGAUAGUGGAUAGUAGCGGUGGGAAUCACCAGUGGCCCGACAAUACGAUAUUAUCACGAUAUUUGGGCCACGGUACGUUAUUAUUGCGAUUUUUAACAUUUUGCAAUACAGUGAGUAUUACGAUACAAUAUAUUGCAAUUUCUAUCAUUUUUAACCGUUUAGCUAAUUUAACAUUUGUCUUUCUUUUAUGUUUGUCUUAUUCAGACGUAUUUUAUUUUCCUGUAGCACAUCUUGCAAACCUUUUAUAUAUUUUUUGUACUAACAGUCUCCUGCUCUAUGAUGUCACCUCUGCCAACCUCACUAGACAAACAGUGGAUUUUAUUUUUCCAUUAUCAUAGAUUUGACUUCAUAUUAGCAUUUAAUUCUAAAAUAUCAAUGAAUGAGACGGUGAAUGAGACGAUACGAUAUAUCACCAGACAAAAUAUCGCAAUACUCUGCUGUAUCGAUUUUUUUCUCCCACCCCUAGUGGAUAGUAGAGCUGUUGAGCAGGUGGAGGUGUGUCUGUAAAGUGGGCGUAUGUGCAUGUAAUGGGCCAUUACAGCCACUUUUCUCAGGCAGUGAGGUGUCGGUGAUGAAGGUGGUCGCAGAUUACUACGAAAAGGCUGUUGAUAUCUCAGAGAAACUGAAGUCACAGAUUAACCUCUUCCAUGACGCCCCAGCUAAACUACGCUCCACCCUCUUUCUUUCCCUUGUUAACGUCGUAACGAAUCCUUUGUCUCUGCAGGUCAAAGGCUACCGGUACCUAGAGGAGGACAACUCAGAUGAGUCAGACUCUGAGAGGAGUGAGGAGGAAGAUGAAGAGGACAGGGGGCAGGCGGCAGAUGAGCUGGAAGCAGAGCAGAUGGAGGACGGAGACCAAGGAGCAGGGGUCCUGGGGGCUGACUCACCCAAAGCCAGAAGGAGAAUGUUUGGUGGUCAGCGCCCCAGAGGAGGGGAUGUCAAUGUGAAGGAGGGAGAGGAGGAGGAGGAGCGCCAGGGAGGGUAAAUGAGGAGAGGGAGGGAAACAGCUGUCAGGUAAGCGAUAGAAAGAUGUAGAGUUCAUAGAUAUUUAUACAGAAUGACAUGGCUUUAUUUUGUUACCAUUAGUAAGCUUUUUGACAAUCAUCACAAAAGGGAUCCAGAGGACAGGGAACAAAAACUGUAAAGACAACAAUCUGUGGCUGUCUGAGAGGCACAUAUUGGUAAAAGCAAGCCCGCAACUCACCUCCAACAAAAGAGAUUGCUUUUCUUUUGCACCACGGUUUGUAUCUCAGUUAUUGAAUGUACAAUCAUGACACGUUUUGGAUGUUCUUAUGCUUUGUCAAGGGAACGUUUUGUGAUUGAUUUUUUUAAAAAAGAGAACUUAUCCCACAUGAAAGAACUCAAAAGACAGAAAAGAAAUUAGCUAUUGAUUUUCUCAGACUCCCUCAGGGCGAGUAUGAUUUUUAUUCAGUAGUUUUCAGAGACUCUGGUCCUGCUGAAUGUGAUCAGUGUGGGCAGACUCAUUUGAUCUUCUGUCUUCUUUGUUUACCUUUAACUUACACAAGUGCAUAAUUUUAUCUGUAGAGUGUAUUAACCAUAUCUCAGUAGAUAGUUUCCAUUGAGACUAAAAGAUUAGCAUGACAAAGAUAGAGGCUGUAAAGUGCUUUAAGAGACACACAGUCAAAAUAAAGGGGAAAAAAAAAAACAUAUUAUACAUCGACUCAAAUGAGCGCAGGGAAAACAAGGUAUGAAAGACAGAGUUGCAGAAGUUGUAAGUAAAAUGAAUGUAUGUUAAAGCCAGAGGACAGCCUGAUUUGUAACAGGUACGAAUCUGCCUGUCAUGGCUGAUACCAGUGAGGUAUGACUUGAAUUGCUUGAACUGGUACAAAUAAACGAUGCUAUGGUCUCUAUUUCAGGAUCUUUAAACUUUAGCAUCUAAGUGUUUAUGGGAGCAUGCUGAACUUUGCAGAUUUGCACAAUAUGAAGCUACAGCUGAAGUUGAUGGGAUUGAUGUUAUCUUUGCAGAUAUUAGCUCAUGAACUAAAGCUUUGGAUGAAUUCAGACUUUGACCCUGGUGAGAUAGAAAGAUAGAAAAUUAAUCUGUCUGUAAAUUAAUCAAUUGAUAAAAUGAAUUAUGACACGGCAAAAGUUUGUUAAAAAAAAUCAUAAUUAAGGUCAGUUGUAUGUGUCACCUUGAAUGACUGGUGUUAACCGACUGCUGUUGUAAAGGUUGAGGUAAAAAAAAAAGACAUUUGUGACCAAUGUAACGGCAGAGCCUAAAACAUUUACGUCUUUGAACCAAGACCUGGAACAGCAAACAAAUAUAUCAGAAAAAAAGGUCAUAUGCCCUAGAAUUGCACAGAUAUGACAGUAUCUACAGUUUUUAAUUACUGAAUUGUCCUCUUUCAUUAAGAAGAUUUUGGCCUGUCUUGUUAGAGAAACUGUUUCAGUCAUAUAAUUAUUUAAGUCCAUUUAAAAACUUUUCUGCUUGGAUGCAUGCUGGCUCACAUUUAGUCUAACACAAACUAAUACAUACAUUUCUUUCUUUCUUUUGUUGGUUUAACCACAGCUUUUUCAUGUUCUUUCAAAAAUCUUAACAACUUUUUGACUGAUUUUUUGUUUAGCUGAUUUGAUCCAGGCUGUCAUAUUGGACUAAUGGGCCUAUUGUCUCUGCUGUAGGUACUUUACCCUGAAACUGGGCUGGGAUUGGUUUAUGUGUUGUUUAUUCUGUCAAAGGGAAAAAAGAGAUAAUGUUUCAAUGUAUCAUUAAUAUAAAGAAAAAAGGUCAAAAUUCACAGCGUCCUGUUUAGCAGUUCAUCUUUUUUUAUCCUGUAAAUAUUCUUAUUAAUGAACUUAUGUAAACUCUUCUGAAAAAUUUCUACAAUUGUUUUGUUUUGGACUGGAAUAAACUUUGUAUUACACCUCUACAAACACCAA